AUGCGCUCGCUGGAUUUGGAGGCCAUGCAUACACCGAAAUUUCCUAAGUAUAUGAAUGCAGAUAAACCAGUGACCCAGUCAUUUGACCUGGUUGAUGACCGGUUCGGUUCUGAUAACUCUGAGCACAUAAUUUCUGGUGUGAAUGUAGCAGAGCUUCCUGUUGUAGCGGACGGUGAAUUUAUCGUGGGGAUGGAAUUCAGUUCUAGGGAGGCAGUGAUUAAGGCGAUGAAAGAUUAUACAAUCCGUCGAGGCGUGGAUUAUAGGGUGUACAAGUCGGAGCCAACAACAUUCUAUGCUAAAUAUACACAGUACGGUGCUGGUUGUGACUGGCUGAUCAGGGUGAGUAAAAUGUCCAAAAAGUACUGUUGGGAGAUAAGAAGGUACAAUGGUAGUCACACGUGUACUCGAGCAACCAUUUCUCAAGAUCAUUCCGAAUUGGGUUCCGACACAAUUGCAGAAGCAAUUAAGCCGUUGGUAGAAGUUGACCCAUCUAUAAAGGUAAAAUCAGUCAUUGCGGAGGUACAGUCGAAGUUUAAUUACACCGUAAGUUAUUGCAAAGCCUGGUUAGCAAAGCAGAAGGCAGUGGAGUCAAUUUUCGGCGGGUGGGAAGCUUCGUAUGAAGCUUUGCCCAUAUGGUUUGAGGCCAUGUGUCACAAAGAGCCAUCAGCGGUCGCUAACUUUGAAACAAUGCCUGCGUACCAGGGUGAUGACUUGGUUCCUGACAUCCGUGUCUUACAUCGAGUCUUCUGGAGUUAUUACCCUUGUAUUAGAGCAUUCCGACAUUGCAAGCCAAUAGUGCAGGUAGACGGAACUCAUUUGUAUGAAAAAUAUAAAGGUUUUCUGUUGGUGGCAGUUUCUCAGGACGGCAACAACAAUAUUGUGCCCAUUGCAUUUGUGAUAGUGGAGGGAGAGACAUCUGACGAGUGGCACUUUUUUCUCAGUAACUUGCGACAGCAUGUGGUGACGCGUGACGGUGUGGGCCUUAUAUCUGAUAGACAUGAAUCCAUCAACUCAGCUAUUGUUCGGAGUAACGGAGCCUGGUCUCCUCCUAGGGCUUUCCACAUAUUUUGUAUCCGGCAUAUAGAGUCGAACUUCUUGAGAAAGUUCAAGGCUCCGUACUUGCAGAAGCUUAUCGUCAACAUAGAUAAAUUUGAAUAA